AAAGAACUUUCCAUUGUCUUUUUGAUAAGGCGACUGCGCAGAGUCGUCAUUCGGUUCUCGACCAAUCAAGAAGGUGGGAGGAAUAUGGUUAGCCGCGGUCUACUUUUGACGUCAUCUUCGCGACGAAGCUCAGCCGCCCAGACCCGGGAAGAUCUGUUACUGCGCCUGCGGACUGAGAGAUUGGAUAUUACAGCGACUCAGCUCAAGUAUGCUCAUCAGGCACUGAGGCUGGGGAAAUGAUGGUUGGCAGAUGUAGAAACUCUUUUCAUCCUUCUGCAAAAAUAUGAAACAAUUCAAAAGUUCCACUAAUGAAAGAAAGACACUGGCCACUAAAAAGACUCUCACAUUUCUUCUUUCCUGAAUCUUGUCACUAAACGUUAGCAGCAUUACUAUUUUGAGAUGUUGUAGAAUUAUCUGAAAUUGAUAAAAUUGGAAGGAAAAUGUCCCAAGAACUAAACCUCAACUUCCUGAAGGGAUUGGAGCAAGAGAUUAUUUUGGAUGUCUUGUAUCGUGAUCAAAUAUUGAGGAAGUUGGAUGAUGAAAGAAUACGAAAGCUAAAAAUGCAGCUGCAGCAACUUCGGUGGAAAGAAUCAAGAAGCUCGAGCCAUGAGUACCCAAAAAAGUCCUGUGCCCGCUGUCAGAAAGCUCUUGGAAUGCUGAUAAAUAGAGGUGCUGUGUGUAAUGGGUGCAGCCAUCAAGUGUGCUCUGGAUGUCGCAUCAUUCUGAAUCCCUACAUAUGGAAAUGCACUGUCUGCUACGCUCAUGAAGAUAUUAAAGCAAAAGCAGGCGAAUGGUUCUUUGAGGAGCGAGCAAAGAAAUUUCCAGCUGAAGAUAGGCACGAAACUGCUGGCACAAAGCUCCUGAAAUCUUAUCAAAAACUAAGUAACAUUUCUGUGGUUCCUCCAACUCCACCUCCAUUUUCUGAAUCUACAAGUGGAGUUAAUACAGUGGAACAUGACCAGAAGAAAAGUUUCCAUAGAUCUGUAGAAAACCUAUUUCUGUCUUUUACCACACAUAUGAAAAAUAUCUCAAAGUCUCAGAAUGAUCUGGUAGUUGACAAAUGUUUUCUGACGGCAGAUUAUGGGCAGGAGAUGGAAUUAAGGAAAGAGAAGAGGAGUCAGUCUGAUACUGCCAUUGAAAUGGCAACCAGGGUAAAACAGGCCCCGAGUCUUCAGCGACUUAUAAGUGGAGUACAAGAGGACAGUGGAAUUAUUCCUGAAAAGGAUUCCAUUCAAACAGUCUUGUCGUGUAGUCCCCUGAGGGGCAUAUUUUCUGCAGGCAUACGAGGAAGUUUGUGGAGCCUAAACAGUACUUGUAGUGAGGCUGGCACCUUUGAGAAAGCUGAUGUCAGUGGUGAAAUAGGAUUUGCCAUCAGAUAUAUUUUCAAAUCUAGCAUCUUAGAAAUAUGCAUAAAGGCAUGCAAGAAUCUGGCUUAUGGAGAGGAAAGAAAGAAAAAAUGCAAUCCGUAUGUCAAGACUUAUUUGUUACCUGAUAAAUCUCCUCAGAGUAAACGGAAGACAUCUGUCAAAAAGAACACAGUGGAUCCUGCAUUCCAUGAAACAUUAAAGUACAAGAUUGAAUACUCCCAGCUGGAAAUGCGAGAACUUCAGGUGUCUGUCUGGCACUCUGGAACUUUCAGACGCCGAGUAUUCCUUGGAGAAGUGGUCAUAUCAUUUAAAUCAUGGGAUUUUGAAGACAAGUCAGCUCAGUUGUGUAGCUGGUAUCAACUCAAAGCAAAGCCUGAAAAGUCUGAAGAUAACAUGAUUCACUACAAUGGAGAACUUCUGGUGCGUGCAAAGCUGGUUUCACCUUCUCUCUAUAAUAACUCUGAAUAUGAAGACCAAAUGAAAGGGAGAGAAGGCAAAGCAUAUCCUGAUUAUCAGCUCCAUCUUAUGAUACUUGAAGCCAGAAAUUUGCCAGUGAUAAGAACUAAUGGGGUUCUGAACCCAUUUGUUAAAAGCUGCCUGUGCAUUCUGGGGCAACAUGGCAUGAAACAAAGGACUCCCGUGCUGAAGAAACAAGCCCAUCCACAAUGGAAACACUUGUUUGUCUUUAAUGGGGUCACCACAUCUCAGCUGCAGCAGUCUUGCUUAGACUUAACUGUCUGGGAUCAAUCACCUUUGGGCUUACGCGAUCAGUUUUUGGGUGGCGCAAGGCUCGGAACAACAUUCCAAACCAGAACCUCAGAUGCAAACUCCCAGGCAUGUCUUCAGUGGCAAAAAGUGCUCAGCAGCCCAAACGAAUGGACAGAGAUAACACUUACUUUACAUUCCAAUGCUCAUGAGUUUAACUUCUGAACCAUUUUCAGACUGUCUCGCCCAGUUGCCGUAAAUAGAAAGCUAUUUUUGCAGCAUUAACUCUUUUAUAACUGGUACAAUCUGCUUGUUGUUUCAACCCAAGGAAUAAAGUCAUGAAGA